AUGGAAUUUGCCAAUAGUGAGGAAAUUAGAGCAACUGCUUCUUCUUCUUCUUCUUCCUUCUUGCUUUGCCUCUGUAGAAUAUGCCAUGAGGAGGAGGAACAGGGCACAACAAGCAUGGAAUCUCCAUGUGCUUGUUCUGGAACUCUGAAGUUUGCUCACAGGGGAUGCAUACAGAGAUGGUGUGAUGAGAAAGGGAACACAGUUUGUGAAAUUUGUCUUGAGAAAUUUGAACCAGGCUAUACUGUAACUGCUCCUUCCCCUGCAAUUCCUCAUAUGAUUGAAGUUGUUAUAACAAUAAGGGGAAGCCUGGAAGCAGCAAGGAUCAACAAUGAGAUCCAAAACCCAGCAAUGGUGGCGCUCAGCAGCAAUCGACAUGAACAGGAGCAUGCCGGGCAAUCGCCGGCAUCCUACAAUAGCAAAUCCUGCUUCCAGUCUGUAGUUUUAAUGUUCACUAUCAUGUUCUUACUGAGACAUAUAGUUGCAGUCAUACUUGUAGGCAGUGAUCAUUAUUCAACCAGGCUUUCUCUUGUAAUUCUUCUCCGAGCUGUAGGUUUCUUGUUGCCGUUCUAUCUGAUGAUACAACUGAUAACCAUAAUCAGAAAUGCAAAUAGACAUCAGCAGCUAAAUGAGAGUGAUAGCGACUCAGAAGAUGAUAUUGAGGAGCAGUAGAAGUCGAUUUGAAGCUCAUGAAAGCCAUAAUUCAUAAAAGAAGUUGUCCAUAGCAAAGUAUACACAAAGUUGAAAAGAAAACCUCUGCAAGAAAAAAAU